AUGAACAUCUAAACCCAACCCCAAUCACAGGAACUCGAAUAAAACUUUAUUCGUAUAAUUCCACAUGAAAAGAUGAAGAAUGCCACCCGUAAAGAAAUAGGAUAGGGUACAUUCGGCUCAGUUUAUAAAAUAGCAUUCGAAAAUUAAAACUACGCGUUAAAAAUAUGCAAACUGCAGGCAAAUGAUGCCUAUGUAAUCCAAAAAUUUAAUCAAGUUUUUUCCGAAGCGGAGACUAUGUAAAAAUUUAUGCUAAUUUAAAAUUCUCGAAUAAUGCCUUUAAAAGGAAUUUCCUUUGAAGUCGACAUUUCUAGAAAAUCAGUCAAUAUAGGCUACUGGAUUCCUUUAU